AUGACUCUACUGUCGUUCUCGCUCCCGCCCGUCUCGCUGUCCUCCCUGACCGAGGCCUCCUCUGUCGUCUCGUACCCGCAGCACCUCUUGCGGCGCCUGUCGUCUCUAGCUCGCAUCAACAGCAACGACACCCUAUCGACUGCUUCUCUCGCCGCCGCUUUAUUCCUGACUCUUGUCGCCGUCAUCGUCACCAUGAGCUGGCGCGACCCAUUCGCCUUUUGGCGCCGUAACCCGUCCUACAACGCCCAGCCCGGUUCUUCGCCGCCGCAUGUCCGAGACAGUGAUUUUUCCUAUCUGACUGGCGAUGAUGUUGGCGAUGAAACACAUCACCACUCAUCACACCAUACCCAACAACAACCGCAAUACAUUGAGCGUCGUCCGCGCGCGAACAACGGCAGCGGAGGAGACGCGCCAGAUAUUUUGCUUCUCAAACACCGUGGCGUCACCUACCCUCUCCAUUUCCCCGCAUACGCCAUUGACGACGGCGUCCUAACCGUUGGCGAUAUCCGGCGACGCGCUGCGGAAAAGACCGCCGCGACGGAUCUGCAGCGUAUCAAGAUUUUGUACAAGGGCAAGCUACUGCGUGACGACGGCAGGGCGUGCAAGGAUGAAGGGCUGAAGCAGCAGUCGGAAAUCAUGUGCAUUGUCUCGGAUGUGCGGCCUGGUGAGAGUACCAGUGAUUUGUCCGAUGAUGAUGGAGACGACAAGAGUAGUGAGGCUGGCGGGGUUAGUAGUAGCAACAACGGGCAACAACAGCGGCCGUCGAAGAAUAAGCGGAAAAACGACAAGAAAAAGGACAAGAAGAAGAAGAAGCGUGACGAAGCUGCUGCUGCUGAUCUUUCAUCAGCCGACGGUGGCGGUCUGGCGCCUCCUCCAGUAACCCACCACCACCACCACCAACGUCCGACAUCACCCUCUGGUCGCUCAACGACAUCAUCAGCUGCACCGCCGUCCCCAUCACCAAGUCUCCAAAACAUACGUACUGGGAACGCGCAAGUCGACGCCCUACUACACUAUCUCCGCGGCGAACUGGCACCCAUGUGCGAGUCAUAUAUCGCACAACCGCCAGCCGACCAAAAGGCUCGCGACUACGAGCACAAGCGGCUCAGCGAGACGAUUCUGGCGCAGGUGAUUCUCAAGGCCGAUGGCAUCGACUCUGAGGAUGCGCGCAUGGCGAGACGCGCGCUGAUCAAGGAGGCUCAGUCGUGGUUGAAUAGGAUAGACGAGGUGGAUCGGGAUGUUUGA